CCCUCUGUUGUUUUAUUCUUUGCACAUUUUGUACCACGAUUAUACAUGUUCGUAUUCUGUACUGUGCUUUGCAUUUUCAACCGAAGAUUGUUAUUGUAGUUUUGAUUUCAAACAUUUUACUGUACAUUUUGUUAUUAUCAAGCUUUAUUUCAACGACAACAUUAAUAUAAAAUACAAUGAUCGAUAUUAAGUUACCUAAAACUCCACAAGGAUUAUCUGUUGGGCUUUCAUGCCUUGCGGCAGCCGGCAUGGCUGCUUAUGGCAUCUCGAGAUCCAUGUAUACAGUGGAAGCUGGUCAUAGAGCAAUCAUAUUUUCUCGUUUGGGAGGUGUUCAACAGGACAUUCUAACUGAAGGUCUCCAUUUCCGUGUUCCAUGGUUCCAUUGGCCAAUUAUUUAUGACAUCAGAAGUAGACCUAGAAAAAUAUCAUCUCCCACAGGAUCCAAAGAUUUGCAAAUGGUUAACAUUUCACUUCGCGUAUUAUCUAGGCCUGAUGCAAGCAAAUUACCUAUAGUGUAUCGUCAUUUAGGACUUGAUUAUGAUGAAAAGGUAUUACCAAGCAUUUGUAAUGAAGUAUUAAAAUCAGUAGUUGCCAAAUUUAAUGCAUCUCAGCUUAUUACACAAAGGCAACAAGUAUCAAUGUUAGUGAGAAAAGAAUUAACUGAACGUGCUAGGGAUUUCAAUAUUGUUUUGGAUGAUGUAUCAAUAACUGAAUUAAGCUUUGGUAAAGAAUAUACUGCUGCUGUAGAAUCUAAGCAGGUUGCUCAACAAGAGGCACAAAGAGCAGCUUUCUUUGUAGAAAGAGCAAAGCAAGAAAGACAACAAAAAAUUGUUCAGGCAGAAGGAGAAGCUGAAGCAGCUAAAAUGCUUGGUCUAGCCCUUAGUGAAAACCCUGGAUAUUUAAAGUUGCGAAAAAUUCGGGCAGCGCAAAACAUUUCGCGCAUGAUUGCAAAUUCUCCAAAUCGUCUAUACCUGAGUGGCAAUAGUUUGAUGUUAAAUAUUCAAGAUCCAGCAUUUGAUGUUGCAUCUGACAAAUUAAAAAGUCUUGAAAGAACGAGCCAGGAAUGCUGGAAUGAUGCUACACAAAGCGCGAUGCAAUCUUUAAAGUUCGACCAUCAGCCGACAAUGAAAAGUAAUGAAAAUCCAUUGAUUAAAUCACCUGUAUCGAUAUCUGCGGAAGAACAAAUGAGUAUUUUAUUGAAUUCUGCGGACAAUGGAGCAAAAAUUAUAGUAUCUUAAUUUUUUUAUUUCCAUUUUAAGUUCCAAAGAGAUUUUGCGAUGCGAGCUCGUCUUUUCUAACAUGUUCCUUAUCCAAUUUGGUAUCCUAAUAUUAUCAUGACUAAAAAGUAGAACAAACUUUUUUGUUCUA